AGAGUGUCAUUGUGAGGUACCUACGUGCCCUGAGGUACCUACGUACGUUGAUGGGGCUCCUAAAUACACUGAUGGGGUUCCUAUGUACACUGAGGCACCUAUGUACCUUAAUGAGGCUGCUACGUACUCUAAUGGGGUUCCUACGUACACCGAUGGGACUCCUAUUUAUCCUAAGGCACCUACUUACCCUGAUGAUAUAUAUACGUACCCAGAGGCAUCUACGUAUCCUGCUGCACCUGCGUACCCUGAGACAUCUACGUAUCCUGAUGCACCUACGUACCAUAAUGGGACACCUACCUGCUUCCUCACCUGCUGCACCUGGACGCAGGAUUCGGGAUACGAACCUACCUAUCCUAACCUAUCAAUGGUGUUCCUACGUAGGAACGCCCUGGUACCUAAUGACCUCACCUUUUAUCAUCAUGCUGACUACCUGGCAAUAGUGUUACCUGGACCAGCUGAAGAAGUGAGCUUAGAGGUGGUAAAUGAGACAAGAAUGGUGAAGGUGAGCUGGGGAACACCACCAGCUCUCUGGAAGUUCCCUGCCAGCAUCACUCAUCUCCUGGAGUACAAGAGGCAGCAUCAGGAUACCUGGACCAUG